AUGAACACAAAAAGGAGGAAGCGUGAAGGAAAUUAUCAUGAGGAAAUAUAUACGUAUAAAAAUGACGAAAAGUAUGACGAAGAAUUCUUAGAUAUAGAUAAUAACGUACUAAGGGUGUGCGAUAAAAAUGGGGGGAUACUUCGCCAACUAAAUAUAUUUUCCCGUGGGGGGGUAAGCAAAAAAGUGACUAAAAGGAAAGGGAGAAGUCGCGCGAAGAGGAUAACUACGAACAUUGUGAAUGACAUAAGGUUCAUGGACAUAUUGCUAUGUGGGGAUAAGGAUAGCGGAAAGACCACAUUUUUGAAUUGUAUAAGUUGCGUGGAGAGCUUUAAAUGGGGGCGUACUGACUUAAACCGUGACGAGAAUGGCGAUAACGGUGGGGAUUACAUGGCCACCACCUCGCAGAAGAACAAACAAAUCGUGUGGAAUUACAACAGGUUGGAACUUCUGUCCUACAUCCCUAUUAUUUUCUCCAAACUGACGAAUAGAAAUUACGAUGCUCUGAGAAAAACGUUUAAAAGAAAUUUUUUAGACACGGAUAUAUGCCAAGCUUCUAUUUUCUUAACUUGGGAUGACUUGCAGUUUAUUAAUUACGAGUUUGGUUUAGGGGAAGGAUUAGGGGUUGAUCAUUUUGAUUACUUGAAGAUAAAUUUCUGUGAGUACGGGGAUGAUUUGUUUCGCAAAAUAAGGGCGUACUUGGAGAUGUGUGACAAUGUACGCGUGGGGAGUGAAGCGGCGAGAAGCGGAAGUGAGGUGUAUCCGGCGGAGGGUACGAAGUGGUCCCCUAGUUAUCCCAAAGAUGAAACAAACUCUAGCACAGUCAUGAACAUUGUAGAGGGCGCUAUUCUACGAAUUCAAGAAACAAAGUACAUAAGUUAUUUCAUCAAUUUGAGGAGGUCAUUCCUUUUGAUGAAGUCUACUGUUCGCCUGUAUAGAAUUUUAAUGGGGAAGAGGAAUAGGAGUAGGAGAGAAAAAACAAUGAACAUUGACAUCAGGGAAGGGGGAAAGGAAGUUUCCAAUAAUAGUACAUUUCUCUACAGAGCUCUGAACACAAUGAAAUGUACAUUUAAGAGGAUAAAUAGCAACCCACGCAAGUCACUUUUUAGGAAAAAAAAAAAAUUAUUCAUCACGAUAAAUGAGGAACAUAUUAUGAACACUUUUGUAUAUUUAAACAUUAUAAAAAAAUUGAAUAACUAUGAUAGGAAAGACGUUCUUUUUGUGGCUAGCCGAGCAUUCGACUUUGAGAAACUCAGCAAAAGGUUCCAUAUAUAUUUUAAUUUGAGUCACAAUAUGGAGGUUUUCAAUUCUGCAUUUAGGAAUAGCAUUAAUCGCAGUAAGGGUAGUACAUAUUGUAGUGGUAGCAGUGAGUAUACCAUCCUCCAAGACGAUAUAUACUACCUUUUAAAAAAAUGUGUCAUUGGAAAAUGGAAAGUUUGUAAAAGAAAAGCGAAAAGAAUAAACAAAAAGUGCAAUGAAAAAAAGAGUGAUGUAAUUUUUAAAUAUCUUUCGGAAAAGAAAUUACAACUGAGGAGGGAUAGACACAAGACGAAAUGUAAGCGCAAUAGCGGGAGGAGGGAGGUUCAAUAUAACAUCGGUGGUGCGGAACAUGGAGAAAGUAAUAAUAAUGAUUGGUGUGAAUAUACUUAUGGGAGGAAAAACAAAAAAAUAGAAGGGAAGACGGAUGAUUUUUCCUUUUUAUUAGCAGAAAGACGGGAGGUAGCGAAUUUCUUUAAAAAGUUCUAUGACGAAUACAUUUACAGAAACCAAAAUCGAGCAUAUGUAAAGAAUUUGGUGAAGGAAAAUUUCGACAUUUGUUUUUUGUUUAUCAAGUUUUGCUUCUACCAUAUUUAUGGCCCUCAACGGACGGAAGAAGAAAAUUGCGUGAACAUGAGGAAGCUGAAUAUAUACAAAUUUGUCUACCUAAAACAGAUUGAAAUGAUUCGAAAGGAAAACAAUCUUUCGCAUUACAACAUUUGUGUCCCGUCAUGUGUGUACGUUUUUACUAAUUUGCUAAAAAUGAAUUAUCAGGGUACUCCCUUUCUAUCGCUACGGGAGCAUAAAAUUUCUUCCCUAAUGAAGUACCUUUUUUACGCUGUAAUCCAUUACAAACUGAGGAAAAGAAGCUACGAUUUCUACAGGCGGGGUAAAAUUGGAGCAAACCACAUCUGCUACUUUUCUCGUGCAGUUAUAAUUAACUCACUGAUUGAUCUGAUUGAAAGUAGGAGGGGGGAGGGGGAGGUAAUUUCCCACUAUGCUAAUUUGGGAAAAACAAAAUCAGAGAGCCAUAAACAAAAAGAUGCAUUGUUAUUGCCACUCCAUUGGAAGCAUCGAAGGAACAGAAAAAUUUUAAAAAAUUUACUUAAGAGCAUGGAGAUGCAUAUGCAUAUGCAACCGUUUACCAUUAUAAAUAGUAUAAAAUCUAACUGGACAUAUUUUAAAAAGUAUAUGAUUCAGUCAAGCAUGUGUUCGUACUACAGUGGGGAUACUUACGUAUACCCUGAUGUGACCUUCGCGCUUGUACUAAAAUUUAAGGCACUUCACCGGCGCGGGCGCAUUCGCAAUGGAGAGACAAUACCGGUAGCAGAAUCAGAAGUAAAAACCGAUGGAGACAUGGACGAGGAUGAAGCCAGCUCAGGAACCCUCUCCGGAAAGAGCAUUCACUUUGCGCCAGUAAAUGAUGGGGCCAUUAAAAAUAAGGUUCGGGGGAGGUCCAUUUUGCACUUUCCCUUUUCACAUAGGCUUCUAAAGUACUUCGUUGAAAACAUACCCCCCAGGAGGAAUGGCAAAUGGAGCAAUGCUAAAUCUCACAUCUUACUUGAGCUAUUAUGUAAUCGUUUCUUUAAAGAACUAAAAAGGCUGUUAAUGUACUACUACACAGGCGAAGAGAUAAAACGUAGAACAGAAAUCAAGCACAUUUUUAUUUUAUUAAAUUAUGUUAUGGAUAUUUAUUACCUCAUGGGGUAUGAAAAUAUGUGCUCUUAUGUGGCCAAACAUGGAGACUUUGCCCUCACCCACGAUUUACACGCUUCGGGUGAUUUCAGGGGAGGUAAUUCUUUUGAGAGGAAAAGAAGAGUCACCUUUCACCUGUACCAAAAUUGUGUACUUUUUAAUGGAGCCUAUUUUCUGUGGGAAGAAAUGAAAUAUGGGGGGAAGAAUAGCUCGAUGCGUAGGCACCUCUCUCAUUGGAAGGAGGAUUUGUUUUUUUCAGUGAGUUUGGCGGAGUGA